CUUUUGUUGCUGUCAAAAUUUCAAACCAUCGGAAGCUGCGCGGUUGUGUCCUGGCGUUUCUCGCGCUGGAUUUUCCGGAUAUCCUCAAGACUUGUCAUUCUUUUCACGCGUAGGAAGCUGCUGAGCUCGCAAACUAUCCUUGCAUCGUAUUGCUAACGAGUUGAACUUUGUGCUUGGAUCCGGUAAACAAUGUCCGACGGUCAGGAAAACGUCCCGGAAGGAUGGGAGAAGCGUACCAGCCGAUCGACAGGAAUGACCUACUAUCUGAAUAUCUACACCAAGGAAUCGCAGUGGGAUCCGCCAACCAGCCCAGCCAGUCCCGGAGGAAAUUCCGAGGUGCAGUGCGCCCAUCUGUUGGUCAAACACAAGGAUUCCCGCCGGCCGAGCUCCUGGAGGGAAGAGAACAUCACCCGCAGCAAGAGCGAAGCUCUGCAGAUUCUGGAGGACUACAAGAAACAGAUCAAAUCGGGUGAGGCGACUUUGCCGGAACUGGCGCAGCAAUAUUCGGACUGCAGUUCGGCUAAGCGGGGCGGAGAUCUGGGAAUGUUCAAGAAGGGCAUGAUGCAGAAGCCUUUCGAGGAAGCCGCAUUUGCUUUAAAGGUAGGAGAGAUGUCCGAUGUCGUCGACACCGAUUCUGGGGUACAUUUGAUUUUAAGAUUAAAGUAGAAUAGCGUUGGGCGCUUGUAACACUCAUCGAUUGAAUAAUUGAAAAAAAAUAUUAGAAGUUCAGCAUUGUGUAUUUCCUCAUUUGUUAAAUCUACAACUUAUAAAUCAUAAAUCGUACCGCGGUGACUGCUUUCUAUAAGCUAAAGUUUGAGUUUUUCCAACAAUAGUUUGGCCCCGGCGUGGGACUGCUUUUUUAAAUCAGCCUUGACCGGUUUUAGCUUCUGUUUUAGCAGAACCUGUACAGAUUCCGUUGAAUGCUCAAAGCUCAGAAGCAGCAGGAAGCAGGGCCGGUUCUGAACAAUCCAUGUUUUUACCUGAAGAAAAGAAAAAAAGUACGAUUAGAAAACUAUCUAGUGAGAAACAA